AUGUCAUCAAAGGAAAAUUCGACCGAGCGGCCGAGCGAUCAUAAACAGCAGAAUGGCGAUUCUGAAAAGGACGAGGAGAGCGAGAAACCCAAGCCUGUCGGUUUGUUUUCUCCAGAACUCAAACAUGUGAGGCGAGAAAUUGCCUGGAAAUGGUUAUUGACCACUGUCAUACUUAUGAUAGCCAUCAUGGCCGUGCUGUCCCUCUACUGGGCAGCAUUAUACCACGUGGAGUCGAACAUAUCUUCUUUGGUUGUUUAUGUCGUGGAUUUCGAUGGUCAGGGCCCUGCCAGUGUACCUGGAGUCGAACCAUUAGUCGGUCCUAUCAUUCAAGGUCUCGCGCGUACGCAAGUAGCAUCUGGUACACCAACUCUCGGAUGGGGCCCCUUAUUCGGAUCUGAUUUCAACUACGACCCAAUCGCUGUACGACAAGCCGUCUACAACUGGGAUGCCUGGGCUGCCAUCAUAAUCAUGCCCAAUGCAACUUCACAACUCUACAGUGCUGUUCAAAACGGAAACACAAGUUAUGAUCCCAUGGGAGCAUGUCAAUUGAUCUAUCAAUCCUCUAGAGACGACACGAAUUGGUACGACUUCAUGUAUCCGAUCAUUUCACAGUUUCAAACCCAGGCUACGACUAUGGUUGGUCAGCAAUGGGCUAAGAUGUUCCUACAAAACGCAACCACCGAUCAAACGCUCUUGCGCAACCUUGCCAAUGUGCCUCAAGCUGUUUCGCCAGCAAUUGGCUUUUCGGAAUUUGAUCUCAGACCUUUCUAUCCUUAUACGACCAUUCCAGCCACCACGAUUGGACUCAUCUACCUCAUCAUUUUGAGUUUCUUCUCAUUCGCUUUUUACCUACCUAUCUGGUUUAGAUUCUUGAAUCCUCAAGGCCAUCCACCUCUCAGAUUUGUCGAGUUCAUUGCUGUUCGUUGGGGAGGCACUGUGCUUGCUUACUUCUUCCUGUCUCUGGCAUAUUCUUUCGUCUCUCUGGCUUUCCAGAUUAACUUCGCUGGUGGUAACCCAAUUACCUCGGAAACUCAAGCCACGGAUAUUGCGUAUGGAAACCCUGACGCGUAUGGUCAUGGCACCUUCCCUGUGUACUGGAUGUUGAACUUUGUCGCCAUGUGCGCGCUAGGUCUUGCAUGCGAGAAUGUGGCUAUGGUUGUUGGUCAACCGUGGACGGGUCUCUGGCUAAUUUUCUGGGUCAUCACUAAUGUAUCAACCGGCUUUUACGACAUCGACAUCGAACCUGCGUUUUUCCGCUGGGGUUAUGCAUGGCCGUUGCACAAUGUUGUUGAAGCCAGUAGACAGAUCUUGUUUGGUCUGCACUCACGCAUUGGCCUUGACUUUGGUGUGUUGUUUGCCUGGGCGGCUGUCAAUACAGCCAUUUUCCCCUUCACGUGUUGGUUCCUCAUGUACAAGCGUAAGCAUGAGGUACACGAAUACUGGGCUUGA